CCAGCGGUAUGGCACGGCCGGUGCAGCUGACGCCGGGCUCGCUGGCGCUGGUGCUGAGCCCGCGGGAGGCCGGGAAGGAAGCGGGGGAGCCGGGCGGCCGAGCGCUUUUCCGCGCCUUCCGCCGCGCCAACGCGCGCUGCUUCUGGAACGCACGGCUGGCGCGCGCCGCCUCGCGGCUGGCCUUCCUCGGCUGGCUGAGGCGCGGGGUGCUGCUGGUGCGCGCGCCCCAGCCCUGUGUGCAGGUGCUGCGGGAUGCGUGGCGUCGCCGAGCCCUGAGGCCGCCCCGAGGCUUCCGCAUCACCGCGGUGGGUGAUGUCUCCCCAGUGCAAAUGAGUCCCAUAGCCCAGUGUCGGUUUGUGCCCUUGGCUGAAGUUCUCUGCUGUGCUAUAGCUGAUAUGAACGCUGCUCAGGUGGCUGUAACACAGCAAUCCCUCUUGGAGCACUUGAUUAAACAUUAUCCAGGUAUUGCUGUCCCCUCCCCAGACAUUCUCUACAGCACACUGGGGGCUUUAAUUCAAGAGAGGAAGAUUUAUCACACUGGAGAGGGCUACUUCAUAGUUACUCCAAGCACGUACUUCAUCACAAAUACCAUGCAGGGAAAUAAGAGAGCCUCCCUGUCAGCCGAAGGGUGCUCAGGACCCACUUCCGGGACCUAUCUGGUGAGUGUGGAUUGCUGUGCAGAGCUGAGCCAGGAGAACGAGGCUCCCGUCUCCCACUGUCCUUCAUGUCAGUGCUACCCUGAUACAAGCUACUCUAUACUGACUGCUGCAGAAGCGACUAGAAAAAAACAGGAAGGUCUUGAGGAGCCCGCAGCUUUGACUAAGAAUCAAGUAGCUUCAGCCUCUGAAGACACCCACAUCUGUGUGAGCCCCAAACCAUUACCAUACACCAAAGACAAAGGCAAAAGAUUUGGUUUGGGUUUCUUGUGGCGCAGCUUAUCUAGAAAAGAGAAACCCAAAGCGGAGUACCACAGUUUCUCUGCACAGUUCCCACCCGAAGAGUGGCCUGUGCGAGAUGAGGACAGUUCCACCAACAUCCCCCGGGAUGUGGAACAUGCGCUAAUCAAAAGAAUUAACCCCGUACUGACUGUUGACAACCUAACCAAACACACUGCCCUAAUGCAAAAAUAUGAAGAGCAGAAAAAAUAUAACAGCCAGGGCACGUCCACGGAUAUACUGACAACUAGGCAUAAAUAUUCCUCUAAAGAGGCAAUUCGGAAAAGGCAGGGCCAGUUCGCCAAGCCCCACAGGCAGAACUGUUCCCAUAGGGGUAGACACAAAGCGUGGAGCCUGGGAAGUGAGCUUGAGCCAGGAAGCCCUGGACAGGAAGAGGAGAAGCACCCCAAGGUCCCUGCAGCCCAGCCUUCUGCCAGGAGAGAGAGACUUAGUGGAAAAGUUCAUCAUAGGUAUGGCAGGAAUCCAGCUGUGCUAGGCUCCCACUUGAUUUAUAAAAAGCAGAUCAACAAUCCGUUCCAGGACAUGCAUCUCCGAGGGCACCCCGUAUCCAAAGGGUACAUCCUUCAGAAGACCCAUGGUCUGAAACCUUGUUGCAUCGGGCCAGAUGAAAAGCUUUUCCGGAGGGCUGGCUUUUCAGAUCCUUCCGGAGUCUUUGAUGAGGCGGCCCAGCCGCCACAUCCGGAACAAAGCCGAGAUACACUGGAAGCAGAAACCACGCAAGUGGCGAAGGCUCCCGCCCAGCCAGUCAGCGGCGAUUUCAGAGGUGGCCCAGGACAUUAUCCUCCACGGAGAGUUUUGCCAACCCACCCUCGGUGCUGUUCCUUUAGGGAAAGCAUACUGCGACCUGGUGUGUGUCACAAGGAGAACAAGGUCUUCCCUGAAGUCUUGAGGAAAAGUUGGUCCGACUGUGACAUGUUCGCUGUGGGGACCAAAGAAAAGCAGCGGGUCCUGCCAGCACAACGUGGCUCUUUAGACCCAGACUCCUCUGUGCACGCAGAGGACAAGACAGUGGCCAAGACGCUACACCAGUUCCAAAAGCUCGGCCUCUUUGAUGGCCCAGUCGGUGCAAAUCGUUUGAGGACUCAUGAAAGACAAGAUGGCGACUCAGAAGAACUAAGUAGGAAGGCAUCUCAAGUCCCAGAGGCGGAGAUUGUGAAUAUGGAAAACGAGGGGCUUUCUGACAGUGAGAAUGAAGAGGUGGCUUUGAGUCAGAGUGACCCUGGGGCUGGGGAUGAUGGGGGCUGCAGUUCUCUGUGUUUAGAGGACGAUGACUUCUCUGAGACAGAUGAUUUCUGUCACACGCUGCCGGGACACACUCAGUACUCCCUUGCAGGAGGUGGCACGUGGAAUCAUUUGGGAGGACCAGCCCUGACUGGGAGAUCUCUGACCGACUGUAAUAGCAAAGCCGAUCAGCUUGAGCCUCUGGCCAAUGAAAGGAAUCCCUGGUACAAGGCCAUCAGGUUGUUUUCAAACGCAUGGGAGAGCCCAAACCCUGAUCGCGCUGACAACCUCGGCCUAAAUUCAGGGAUCCCAUGGGGUUUCAGCUACGGAGGAGAGCCCACUGUUGCCCAUGUCCAGACCCCAGCAGCUGCUAGCAGAAGUUUACUUGAGUGUUCUACUGUAAGGAAAACCAGUUUCCCAGUUGAGAUCCUGCAAGAUUCUCCUGGUGAUAGGGGAAAGAAUCCAAUUGUCUGGAGACAGAGCCUUCCAAGUCAGGAAAUGAAAGAGCAUUUCACAGACAAGUUACAACUUGUCAAGACCUCACACAGGCCAGAGUUAUCUCAGGAGCCACAGCGAGAACACAGUCUCCUGGAAGGGACAGAGAAUUACAGCAUGACGGGAGACAGUGGGAUCGAUUCCCCCAGGACCCAGAGCCUGGCGUCUAGUAAGUCCACCAUUUUGGAUGGCUUUAAAAGAAGACAGCAUUUUCUGCCGAACCAUGAAGCCAUUCAGAAGAGCGAAAACCUUGCAUCGAAUCCCUUGUUUCAACUAACCCCAGCUAUAAAUGUCUAACUUAAAAGAA